UACAAACGUGUGUGAUCCGUUUUGACAUAUUUAUAUUUCCCGGGUUGAUCCAGGAGUGGAAGUGGGGGUAGAAACAGAAGUUGGCUUCCGAUUGUUCUGGUGCAAUUUCAGCAGAGGUUGUGGUUGUUCGGUUUUCUGCGCUUCCUACGUGUUUCAGAGUUCUCCCAUCAUGUAAGCCAUGGCUCUAAAAGGACAAGAAGAUUACAUUUAUCUUUUCAAGGAUUCAUCGCAUCCAGCAGAUUUUCUGGAUGCAUUCAGAACAUUUUAUUUGGAUGGAUUAUUUACCGAUAUUACCCUUCAGUGCCCUUCAGGCAUAAUCUUUCAUUGCCACCGAGUCGUUUUAGCUGCCUGCAGCAAUUAUUUUAAGGCCAUGUUCACGGCUGACAUGAAAGAAAAAUUUAAAAGUAAAAUAAAACUGUUUGGCAUCCACCACGAUAUUUUGGAAGGCCUUGUAAAUUAUGCAUAUACUUCCCAAAUUGAAAUAACUAAAAGAAAUGUACAAAGCCUUCUGGAAGCAGCCGAUCUGCUGCAGUUUCUGUCAGUAAAGAAGGCCUGUGAGCAGUUUUUGGUCAGGCACCUGGAUAUCGAUAACUGCAUCGGGAUGCACUCCUUUGCAGAGUUUCAUGUGUGUUCAGAACUAGAGAAGGAGUCUCGGAGAAUUCUGUGCUCAAGGUUUAAGGAAGUAUGGCAACAAGAAGAGUUUCUGGAAAUCAGCCUUGAGAAGUUUCUCUUUAUCUUGUCCAGGAAGAACCUCAAUGUCUGGAAGGAAGAAGCUGUCAUAGAGCCCGUCAUUAAGUGGACAGCUCAUGAUGUGGAGAAUCGAAUUGAGUGCCUGUGCAACCUGCUAAGCUAUAUCAACAUAGAUAUAGACCCGGUGUACUUAAAGACAGCGCUAGGCCUCCAAAGAAGCUGUCUACUAACUGAAAAUAAGAUACGCUCUCUAAUAUACAAUGCCUUGAAUCCCAUGCAUAAAGAGAUUUCCCAGAGGUCCACAGCCACCAUGUAUAUCAUUGGAGGCUAUUACUGGCAUCCUCUAUCAGAGGUCCACAUUUGGGAUCCUUUGACAAAUGUUUGGAUUCAGGGAGCAGAAAUACCCGAUUAUACCAGGGAGAGCUAUGGUGUUACAUGCUUAGGGCCCAACAUUUAUGUCACCGGAGGGUACAGGACAGAUAACAUAGAUGCUCUUGACACGGUGUGGAUCUAUAACAGUGAGGGUGACGAGUGGACAGAGGGCGUGCCAAUGCUCAAUGCCAGGUAUUACCACUGUGCAGUCACCUUGGGGGGCUGUGUCUAUGCCCUCGGUGGUUACAGAAAGGGGGCUCCGGCGGAAGAGGCCGAGUUCUACGACCCACUCAAAGAGAAGUGGCUUCCUAUCGCAAACAUGAUCAAAGGUGUGGGAAAUGCUACUGCCUGUGUCCUACAUGAAGUCAUCUAUGUCAUUGGCGGCCACUGUGGCUACAGAGGAAGCUGCACCUAUGACAAGGUGCAGAGUUACAAUUCAGACAUCAACGAAUGGAGCCUUAUCACUGCCAGCCCACACCCAGAAUAUGGAUUGUGCUCAGUUCCGUUUGAAAACAAGCUCUACUUGGUUGGUGGACAAACUACAAUCACAGAGUGCUAUGACCCGGAACAAAAUGAGUGGAGAGAGACGGCACCCAUGAUGGAGAGGAGGAUGGAGUGCGGGGCUGUCAUCAUGAAUGGUUGCAUCUACGUCACCGGAGGGUACUCCUACUCAAAGGGGACGUAUCUCCAGAGCAUUGAGAAAUACGACCCAGAUCUUAAUAAGUGGGAAAUAGUGGGCAAUCUCCCGAGUGCCAUGCGGUCUCAUGGAUGCGUCUGUGUGUAUAAUGUCUGAUUGUGUCCACAGGACUAACCAGGUCAUCACUUGGGGCAUAGUAAAAAGAAUGCAGUUUGGGGUGGCUCGUCACUGUGGUUCGGCACAUGCUAGGGCAUUGGAGAUUUUUAAUUCUAACCUUGCACGACUCCCAGACCCAGGGAUUAAUGGGAAUAACAUAAGAAAAAUGUUAUGUAUGUAUACAAUUCAAUUAAGAGAGCUAACCCCUUCUAGAGUCUCUGGAGUAUUUGACACGUGGUAAAGGUGAAAUACCCUUGUAGUGAAUCUUUCCUUCCUGGUAGCAUCAACACUGGGUAAAAGUCAAAAUCACUCAUUCUAUGUAAUGAAAUGUCUGUUAAGAGCCUAUAAUAUAGCUGGGCAGUGGUGGCGCACGCCUUUAAUCCCAGCCCUUGGGAGGCAGAGGCAGGCGGAUCUCGGUGAGUUCAAGGACAUCAAGGCCAGCCUGGUCUACAUAGCAAGUUCUAGGCCAGUCAAGGCUACAGUGAGAACCUGUCUUUAAGAGCCUAUGAUGUACCUGUGUAUAUUGCAGGCCUCCAGCUGGCAGGGAUUUGAAAUGUAAAGAGGGAACCAUCUACCUCUACAAAACAACACUUUCAAAUGUUUCCCUUUAAAAUUAUUCAGAAUGUGGAUUUACUCACCUUCUUUUUCCUUUGUGGUGUAUAUAAUUUAUUGCUAGUAUUCUUUAUUUACCAUGAGAGCUACACUAAACACUGUACAAAUGAUUGUUCAAAGAGUUUACAACUCAACUUAAAAGAAUUGCAAGUCUAAAAAAAUCACAGAGAAAACAGUCAGAUAUUUGCUGAUGUGUGUUUAAUUUUUAGCUUGGGUGUAAAUUGCUAGUUUAGGUGUCAGGCUUAUGCAUGUUGACAAAUCCUCUUUAUAGUUAAAUGCCUGCGCUAAAGUUGACUUGCACAGCCGGAAAGCAUGGAGAGCAGAGAUGAUGUAGAAAAUGCACUGACGAGAAGAAUUUGCCCUCAUUUGCCGGCACUGCCACAACCAACUUUGUGACUUUGCUCUCUGAACCCAUCUGUGACUUGAGCUUCUUGACCCAUGGACACUGGCGCUUUGAGACAUAGAUCUAUCUAGGUCAAGAACCCCUCACCCUUUGAAGCCAGAUGAGACCUGGGUGGCCUAUGGGCCAGAUAAACCCUUUUCCAGCUUGUUCUGUGUGCAGGCACUUCCCAAGUGUGCCGCCGUGACUUAAGAAGGGGGAAGGAGGCAACUGAUUCAUCCAAACCCGAGUGAGCGUGAGGCCGUCUACUCCACGCUAGGCUGCUUUUAUUGUUUUUUUUUUUAAGAGAUAAUACUUGUUUUUUACUUUAAAUAAAACUACUUCUGAUUGAAAAAAAACUUUUAAGAAGACUAUUUAAUACUCACGUCAGAUAGCAUUUUAAAUAGAUACAACCCUUUGGAGUUGCUAUAUGGUACUUUUUUAUAAAGAGUCAUAAAAGUGACCAUACUGAGAGAUGAUUCAGUGGGUAAAUGUGCUGACUUCACAGGCCUGAGACCCACAUCUGAUCCUCAGAACCUACUGUGGAAGGACAGGAUGGACUCCCGAAAGCUGUCCUCUGCCUUCCACGUGUGCUAUGUGUGCCACAUGUGUGCAUACGCACACGUGAGCACUCUCUCUCUCUCUCUCUCUCUCUCUCUCUCUCACACACACACACACACACACACACACACACACAUAUACACAAAGUAGAAGUAAAUUUAAAAAUUUUAAAUGACUAUAUCCUUUGCCCCAUGAGCUCCCAUUAUUUUUAAACUAAAGAAUGAUUAAAAAAUUGUAAAUGCAUGAGAAUGUUUAUGUCUGCACUCUAAAUAGUAGCAACAAUAUGGAGAAAAUCUAUCUGUAUGUUAAAGAGAGCGUGCUAAUGAAAUAAUGGUGUAUACUGCCAUGAGCAUAACUAUGUGGAAGACUGUAGAAGUGUGAUGUGUCUGUGCUAAGUAAAGUAAGCACAGUGCAAAGCAGUGUUCACACUAGGACUGUGUCUGUAAAGCCUUUAUGCAUGUGGAUGGUAAUGUGCUGAAUAAACUCAAGGUGUUAGUGUAAGGAGAUGUGGAAUGGUUUUAAGUUUAUUGAAUUUUUUCUUUGUAUUUUCAAUAAAAAUAAAUAAGUCACUGUA